CAGAACCACCCCUACUUUCAGAACCCCUCACUACCCAUUUCCAUCUCUAUCAUCUUCAACAAAUGACUGCUGAAAACAUCACCCGUGUAAUCCUAAACAACCACAUUCCAAGUGGUAUCCCUAAACCAUCUGACUUUACAGUCGAAACCGUCUCUGCGCCAACUGCUGAAAUCCUCAAGGAUAACGAAUUGUUGGUGCGCCCGCUGUAUCUGUCCUGCGAUCCUUACAUGCGUAACCGUAUCAAGGGAAACGGUGGGUUUUAUGUUCCGGAUAUUCAAGCAAAAGCUGCAAUCACAGGCCAUGGUGUAUGCGUUGUUGAGGCUUCCUCAAGCAACAAGUUUGCACCUGGUGACCACAUAACCACUGGGCUUUUCGACUGGGCGCAAAAGGCAAUUGUGCCUGCAGAAGGACGCAGAAAGGUCAGCGAAACCGAUAGAGUGUCGCUGGUAGAUUACAUCGGCGUGCUCGGGAUGCCGUCGUUUACUGCCUAUGUUGGAACAGUCGUUCUGGGCAACCCCAAGAAAGGCGAAACACUGCUGGUCACAUCGGCUGCUGGUGCUGUUGGCCAGAUGGUGGUGCAGCUGGCAAAGGCCCGUGGACUGCGCGUAGUCGCUGUUGCUGGGUCUGACGACAAGAUUGAGUUUGUCAAAACCCUCGGUGCAGAUGUUGCCUUCAACUACAAAACGUGUGGUAAUUUCGAGCAUGCAAUCCACCAGGCCGCCCCAGAGGGAAUCGAUAUUUAUUUUGACAAUGUCGGUGGUGAGUUUUUGGAUGCUGCGCUGAUGAACAUGCGCCACCAUGGGCGUGUCAUUCCUUGUGGAAUGGCAUCUCAAUACAACAUCGCUGCAGACGACGAGUACAGGAUGGAGAAUUUUUCGCAAGUUAUAAUCCGCAAACUCACGAUUAUCGGGUUUCUCGUCAUGGAGUACUAUCCAACCGCAUCGUUUACUGAGUUUAUAGCGGAGGUAUCAACUCUCUACGCAUGUGGCAAGAUUACAUACAAGAUCGACGAAAUUGUGGGACUCGAGAACGGCCCAGCGGCGCUGAUAGAUGUAUUUGAUGGAAACAGCGUUGGAAGGCGCAUAAUUAGAGUUUAGAGUAUAACAUUGCUUCGAUGUCAAUUAAUAUAUACUAAUAUGUGCAUCGG